AUGGACGGCCCACAUGUGCACCCACCACCUGUGAUAUUUAAGGAUCUGGGAUUGUUCAUCAAAUGGGCAACGGCUGUGAGAAUUUCAGAGGGCCAAUGCCUCUAUGCUAUUGGCCAGCUCCUCAAAGAUCAUGUCCCGGUUCCAGAAGUAUAUGGGUGGCGGGAGGAUGGCAACGAAAGAUUCAUUUAUAUGGAAAAUUUGCAUGCGCUGACUCUGGAGCAAGCGUGGGAUAUGCUGGAACAUGAUGACCGCAUUUCGGUCUGCUGCGAGCUUCGGACAAUCCUUAAAAGACUUCGCCAACUUGAAUAG